CCGACGGCGAGGUGUCCGCGUUUAGCGUCACGACGGAUCGUUCCGUAACGAUCUCGCGGCACGAAUUUCUCGCUCAUUGACCGCAAUCCGCACGGACCUGUUUAUCAAACACUCGAGUUUUUGGUUAUGUCUACUGCUCGGCCGUGCGAAUCGCCCGUGCGGUCAAUAUUUUCGUCAUUCACGCGAUUGAACGCGCGGGUUAUUUAUCGACAGCCGUUGGUUUAAAUUUGUACUUGAGCAGCACGAGAUCACCUUGGCGCGUUACGCGAAGACGAGGUUGCGUGUUUCCUUCCUCACGAUCCGAUCUCCUUUUUUUCAAUUUCUGACGGAUUUCCAGCUUUUUGAAGAUAUUUUUCUCUGAAUCUGUGGAGGCACUGCUAUCCAUAAAAAAUGGCAGCUAUCCAGCCGUCGACGAAAUUAAAACGGAGAUAAUCGAUGAUGACUUGAUGGAUACGGAGGAGCAUCGUAUGUCGAACCACUCGAUGGAUCCACAAAUGGAUAUGGAGGAGCUGGAGCCGAUACCAGAGCUGGGACCUGCAGCUCUGGGUCUGCAGAGGGUGGGCACUCAACCACCUGCGAAACCAAAUCCACCGACGCAGCCGGUGCAAGUGCUGAACCGCAGAGGCAUGCCAGCGAGGAUUAGGAAAAAAAACAAAUUGUUUUACGAUGAUAUCUUGAUUAAUCAUCCACAUCACAGGAUUAAAAAAGACCCGAUGAGUGCAGAGGCGAAACAAUCUCCGAAGAGGCUGUUACGUCCGUCUCCGAUGAAGAAACAAACUAGGAUAUCAGGCGAGCCCAAAAAGAGUACAGGUACACCUUCGCAGCCAACGACGCCCAUCACCACUCCGAUCAAGCAGGAAAAGGAGAUCGAUAAGCCGCCGCAGCCUCCGUCACCAGAUCGUAAGAUAGGACAAAAAAUCGGCAUGAGAUUAAGAAAUUUGUUGAAGCUACCAAAGGCGCACAAGUGGGUCUGUUACGAGUGGUUCUACAGCAAUAUUGACAAGAUAUUGUUCGAAGGUGACAACGACUUCAUGAUCUGUCUGAAGGAAUCGUUCCCGCAACUGAAAACGCGCAAGCUCACCCGCGUCGAGUGGUGCAAGAUCAGGAGGAUGAUGGGCAAGCCACGUAGAUGCUCGCAAUCGUUCUUCGAGGAGGAGAGACGCGAGCUGGACAGGAAGAGACAGAAGAUACGGAUGUUGCAGCAGCGUAAGACGGCGGACAUCAACAGCUUCAAGGAUCUGCCGCCUGAGAUACCGCUGCAGCUGGUGAUCGGCACGAAGGUCACAGCGAGAUUGAGAAAGCCACAGGACGGUCUGUUCACCGGAAGCAUCGACGCCGUCGACACCAGCAAUAACACUUACAGAAUCACGUUCGAGAGAGCCGGACUGGGAACGCACAGCGUUCCCGAUUACGAGGUCUUGUCAAACGAGCCGCCAGAGACGAUCAGCGUGGCGUCGUUCGCCCAGAAAUUCCGACCUAGACCUCUGCAAUACGUGCCUUCGCCGCCGUACGCGAUGAAGUUGUCGCCACGACUGACCAACGACCCGUUGAUAUCCAACGCCUCGGUAUCCGUGCCGAAGAAGUCGCACGCCGGCGGCACGAUGAACGGCUAUCCGCUAAAGUUGCUCGAGCUGAUGGUGAAGGUGAACAAGAUACUGACCGUCAAGAAGAUCAAGAUCAAGAAGUUGAAGGAGCUGAAUGGGGAAGUUGAGAAGAGACGUUCCUUCGGAGAAUCGCUUCCCCCUGAUUUCGAGAAGAGAUACGCAGGUAUUGUCGUUGAUCUGGAGAAAAUGAACAGUGCUCUUCAAGACUUCCUGAAUGAGAUUCAAGAAUUGUGUCAAGAAAUGGCGCCCGAGCCGAGCGUGGCGGCGAUGUUGGCACCGUCGCACCUACGCGAGAAGUGCAAGCAGGAGGCGGCGGAUAUGGUCGCGAAAAAUAACAUAAUCAACGACAAAGAGCCCGGCAAGAUGAAUCAAUUGGUGACGGAUUUGACCGCGCUGAUGCUGCAAGUUAAGAGUUUAUCGGACUCGAAUCAAAACGCGUACGAGCUGAAGGUGCUGCAAGGCACCAUGGAGCAGAUAAGAUCGAAACUGAGUCCGCAGAAUCAGCAGGUUUUCCAGAACUGCGUGGAGAUUCACAUGCAGCACAUUCAGCUGGGCCUAGGGCAGAUAGCGGGUGUACAGUGUAAUCGGCAAUUGGCAGGUCGCCACCACCGUAUUCGUAUCGGACGAGAGGACAACUUUAUUUUCUCAUCUCUUGUAUAGAGACACGACGUUGAAAUAUAUUGUCAUGUAAAAUCGUGUGCGUCCACACAGAUACACAUAUAAAAUAUAUAGGAUUUAAGCAGACCAUUAGGCUUUGUACAUAUGGAAUAUAUAUUUCCGAACUCUUGUUCUUCUUUUAAUUUUCGUAAUACACUUAUGAAAUAUUUAAGAUUCGUGCAUUGUUGAAUAUAUUAUUGAGAACAUAUUAAACAUCUAAGAAUGUUCAUGUUUCAAAUUUUUACAUACUGUAUGUACAAUCCGAGCGUAGGCAUAACUGUAUAAGUGGCAACUUUGAAUCACACGUAAGCGGACACAGUAGGACAUAGAAUGUACAAGUAGCUAAACACUAAAUUAAUCUUCUGAAGUCUAAGAGAGAUUUAUAAAGGUGACUUGUACAGCGGGGAUGAUUUAUAUAGAUUAUAACAAUCUGUUAAGUUUUUAAGGCAAAUGUGAUUUAUGUGAGAAUUUCUGCUUAUUAUAAGAGAUUUAGCAUACGAUAAUAAAUUGGAUGUUUUUUUUUUUAUUUAUUCGCACCUAAGAAUCAUGCAUGACGAUAUUAAUUAUUAUUGUUCUUAUGCAUCAUGAACAAAGUGCUAAAUCAUUUAAUAUAUUCCUUGUAUAUUUAUACAAAUAUAGAUAUAUAUAUAUAUAUAUUUAUCAUUGGAAUGCUAUAUAAAAUCCAAAGAAAAUAUAUUUGAUGAAAAAGAAAGAUUUUUGGAGUAGAAAUAAUUUCGCGAAAUAUAAAUGUAUAAACAAAGAGUAACAAAAAAAGCUCGAUUCAUAACGUUACUGUAAAAUGAACAUCUCGCCCUAAGCGUUCGUUGAUCUUCGAGUAUGCAUUCUAUUUCAUAUAGUUACACACGUAAUGUUAAUAAUGGCACCCAAUAUUUGUAUGUAUUAUCAUGUCAAGUACUAAACCUAAGUUGAGGAAUUAAUUUCGUAAAAGGAUACUGCGAUAAGUAGUGUGUCGGACAAUUGCAUGUAAUCUGUAGUUCUUUUGCACUUAUACAUAAUGGUACAGAAUAUUUUAACAGCCAUCACGAGCGUAAACCGCCUGUUUCGUAAUUUACGCUAUGCAUUUCUACUAUGUACAUAUAUUUUCAAUGUAUUAUCAUUACACCAUUUAUUACAAUAACAAUUCUCGUUCCAAAUAAAGCCAUA